AAAGGAACAUUUGUUUUCCUGCAGGCGGUCGCUGUCCGUUCCCCCAGUUAGUGGUGAGUGAGCUGGGAAACCAAGAAAUUCCUCAUCAUCACUUUUCCCCCUGAAAAUGUCCAUGAGGCGUUUCUCCAACUCAUCCAUAUCUCGCUCCGUCACAAUCUUCCUGUCCUCCCACACAACGUCUUAGUUGACGGGUCCAACCUUUGCAACUACUCCGUAUGAUCCUCGCCACUUUGAGAGCCAGUUUUGUGGUGAUGUGAUGGAUGUGAACGGAGCCAGACCCUGUCCUUUUCCUGUAACUGUUGGUCUCUGUGGGUCUUGUCUGUUUUUGUCUUUCUAUGCUUUUUAUGAGGUUGCUCUGCUCAAGGUCUGUGAGAUCCUGGGUUUGUUUUGUAGGCCAGUGAAUCCGGGUUGACAUCCCUCGGCUGGAGCGGUACAUUGACUGGUCCUCGGAGGGGCCGGCCAAGGUUGAGUUCUGCAGGUGGUACAAUCGUAAUUUUAGCGUUCGGUUGAUUCUGUCUGUUCGGUUGGUUUGUGGGUUGAAGGCAGAGCUCAUUUUUGUUUGAGGCUCCAUUUUUCACAGAUGGUUUUGAAGACGGAGGAGACACACCGGGGUCCCCGGUCUGACAGGAGCUAGUCGGGGACACCCCAUCUGGUGAGGAUUUCCUGGGUGGUGGAGGGGGAGACUCCUCUUCCUCUGGGCGCCACGGGUCGCAGGAAGCGUCUCCGUUCUGCGGGUGAGGAAGACUACGAGGAGGCGAGAAGCUGCGCGUUGCGGCCGAACCCCGAAGGCUCCGGCAGCUCGAUGUCGGCCAGCGAACUGAGCCGCUACGGCAAGCCGGGGGAGGAGGAGGAGGAGGAGGAGCUGCAGAGACUGUGUCAGCGCUGCCACAUCAUGGCGUCACAGCUGAACAGACAGGCCGCCGCUCUGGCCGACACCACGGCGCUGAAGGACCCGGCCUACGCCUCCUUCCUCUUCAACAAGCUCCAGCGUCUCCAGCUGCCUCGCCGUGGCCGCCAUGCUUCCGUCGACGUCCGCUGCGAGGUCUGCGGCGCCGCCUUCCACCACCUGAGACGUCUGGCGCUGCGUCGCGCUCUGGGCAUCGGCAGAGACAUGACGCCGCGGCCCAGCGCGCCCCUCGCCGCCGCCGCCGCCCCCGCAGCCUCACACGGCGGCGGCGGCGGCGGCUGGGUGUCGGACGAGCUGCCGGUGAAGCAGCAACGAUGGUCGUACGAGGAGAAGCGGGGGGGCGGAGCUCCGUGGGGGUGGGGCGGAGUGCAGAGUACCUACCUGGGCGGGGGCGGAGCCAAAGGGUUGGCGACAGUCACGCCCCUCCCCCUGAACGCACAACACUACCUGGAGGGAGUCUGGAGGGUUUCCUGCUGCAGACCUGAACACCAGACUACGGUUUUCCCUGCGGGUGGAGAUUACGUGACCAUGAAGACUUCGACUCAGGACGUCAAACCCGCAGCUCACAGCAUCGCCACCCAAACCACUCAGACGCCGUCCGCCGCGGCCGCCUUCUUCAUCAGGGCGGCUCAGAAGCUCAGUCUGUCCCGCAGGAAGAAGUCUCAGCCGGGCCCCCCCUCCUCACCCGGCGAGGCCCCGGGGCUCCUGCUCUACACCGGAGGGUUCAGCGGGGCCCUGCAGCUCUCCCCGCCCGCCAUCCCGCCAUGCCUCCUACGGGCCGGGUCAAAGGUCAAGGACACGCCGGGGAUGGGGAAGGUCCGAGUGAUGGUCCGGAUCUGUUCGGUCAACAGCGGCGAGUCCUCCGAGUCCAUGUCCUUCAUCAAAGUGGACGGCAGGAAGAAGCAGCUCAGCCUCAGCGAGACGUCGGCCGGCGGAGUCCAGAGGAGAUCCUCCACCUCCGCCCCCAAGACCUUCACCUUCGACGCCGUCUUCUCGCAAGACGCCUCACAGGCUGAGGUGUGCUCGGGGACGGUGGCGGAGGUCAUCCAGUCGGUGGUGAACGGAGCUGACGGCUGCAUCUUCUGCUUCGGACACGCUAACCUUGGUAAGACAUACACCAUGAUUGGCCGAGACUGCUCCACCCAGAGUCUGGGCGUGGCUCCGACCGCCAUCUCCUGGCUGUUUAAGGUGAUCGAGGAGCGGAGGGAGAAGGCCGGAGCUCGAUUCUCCGUCAGAGUGUCGGCCGUAGAGAUCUCCGGCCGGGAAGAGACACUGACCGACCUCCUGGCUGAACUCUCCUCCUCCUCGGCGGGGGGCCAUCAGGAGGCCCCGGGCCCCGCCGUGUCCCUGCGAGAAGACCCCGUCUGUGGCUCCCAGCUUCAGAACCAGACGGAGCUGCGGGCGACCAGCGCCGAGCGAGCCGCCUUCUUCCUGGAUGCCGCGUUGGCGGCGAGGAGGAGCAGCCGAACGCCGAGCGACCAGGAGGCCCGGAAGAACUCGCACUUCCUGUUCACUCUGCACCUCAACCAGGACAGACUGGACAAGAGCAACAAGGCGGCAAUGUCCGGUCGGAGUCGUCUCCACCUCCUGGAUUUGGGGAGCUGUGAGAUGAACAUCAGCAGGACCAGAGAGGGAGGCGGAGGUCAGUGUCUGUCUCUGUCCGCGCUGGGAAACGUCAUCCUCGCCCUCGCCAACGGGGCCAAGCACGUCCCCUACAGGGACAGUAAGCUCACCAUGCUCCUCAGUGAAUCUCUGGGCAACAUCAACUGUCGAACCACCAUGAUCGCCCACAUCUCCGACUCCCCGGCCAACUACAUGGAGACGCUGACCACGGUGCAGCUGGCCUCCCGCAUCCACCGCAUGAGGAAGAAGAAGUCCAAGCAGUACGCCUCCAGCUCGUCUGGAGGGGAGAGUUCCUGCGAGGAGGGCCCGACCCGUCGACCCCCACACCUUCGACCCUUCCACCCUCGGACGGUGGCCCUCGACCCAGACACACCUCUGCUGCUCUCCAGUGAUCCCGACUACUCGUCCAGCAGCGAACACUCCUGCGACACCGUCAUCUACAUCGGGCCCGGAGGGACGGCCAUCUCAGACCGAGAGCUGAGCGACAACGAGGGGCCUCCUUCCUUCAUUCCCAUCAUCCCCUCCCUGAACAAAAAGCGGGUCAAAGAUGCGCCCAGGUCCGAUGGCGAUCAUUUUAAGUGCAACACGUUUGCAGAGCUGCAGGAGAGACUCGACUGCAUCGACGGCAGCGAGGGCCCGGCCACGUUCGGCACAGAGGGUAAAGCAGCACAAGCAGCGGCUGUCAGAUCUCCCAGCGGAGCUGCUAAACCCGCAGAGGCAACAUCUCCACCCAAACCUGAUAAGAACUCCUCCCAGAGGUUCUCAGAAAGCACAAAUAAAUCUCAUCAGGAGCUAUCCAAGUUCCCCUCAGCCAGUGGCAUGGACACCUCCAAACGGACAAGUGCAGAUGGGGAGAAACUUGCAGCCGCCCUCGUUCAGCCAUGUGUGGUAAAGCCUUUUUCUCAGGACUCAGAGCCUGUGGUGCGGGAGAAGGUCUACCUCAAAGGGGGUGUACCCAAGCCGUCUGCCUCACCGUCCUUACCCAGGACAUACAGGGCAGCAGCUCAGCCUGGGGAAGUCAUCCGUAGGACUCCCCCAGUCGGUAUGAGUCAACAAGCACAAAGGCAAGGGCAACCGCCAGGGUCCCCUAGCAGAUGCCCCGUGGAGGACAACAAUCUCCGGACAGCGCUGUUAGGAAGAUGCCUCGACAGGGAUUUCCUCAGAACUACCAUCACACUGCAGCAGCCUGUGGAGCUGAAUGGGGAGGACGAGCUUGUGUUCACUGUGGUGGAGGAGCUUCCUCAUGGCCUCAUCCCAGACAACGGCCGACCCUCCAACAUCCUCAGCUUCAACAGUGACUGCUCUCUGCAGGCUUUAGCUUCUGGCUCUCGCCCCGUCAGCAUCAUCAGCAGUAUUAACGAUGAGUAUGACGCUUACACAUCUCAACAUGGAGCCGAAGGUGCUGAUGUUGGUGCCAGCUGCCAAGAAAUGUUGUUUUCCCAACAUGGCAACAAGCACCCAACUGUUAGCUCAUGGUCAAGUGAAGUGAGUGUGGAGUCAGCUGAAAGUGAAAGCACUCGUUCAACUGGCAGAUUUUACUUGAGGGACAAAAACAUGGCAUCAGAGAAUACAUCGACACUGACGUCGCCAAGUGUAUUUCAUCGAGAGCCGUUUCUGCAGCAACGUGUCAAGAGCUCCCUGAAUGACAGCGGUGUCUGUUUCUCAGAGCUGGACAGUGACCCUGCUACCCCAAACAAACCAUCUUUUACCAAGUGCCCUCCCUUCCCUGAAUCAACCAAAGCCUCACCAAAAGGCUCCAAGCUGAGAGCCAAUACUCUGAACACUUCAGUGUCAGCCCACAUUCCCCAUCACGCCACCCAUUCCAGUCUUCCCAGGAAAACCAAGCCUACCUCAUCUGCAGCUGUGGGCUGCAGCAGACAGGAAGGCAGACAUGAUGACUUUUUGCUUCAGGGAAGCAGUCACUUUGAUCCCAGAGAGGUCGAGUUUCUCUCUACAGGUAAACCACCAAGAAGUGGUGUAAACAUUUCCUCCAAGAGGCCUGGAGGGAACAGUAACAGUGUACCGCGGCCACCAAAGGCACAAGUGUCAUCUUCAGCUCAGAGGGUGGUUGACGGCUGUGAGAAGUCCAGCAGCAGAAGAGGAGAUACUCUUAUCAAGCUUCCACGACUCACACGUGGGGCUACGACUCUGGGAACUGUUUCCAUUCCCCAGAGUUCUGAAUCGAAAUGGAGUCAUGAAGCCACCUCAGCGACAGGUACCCUGAGGUUUUCAUCCUUGGGAAAAAAGUCAAAUGGGCAGAAAAGUAGCGUGAUCUCCAAGUCUGGAUCUGGAAGCAUCUCUCCUCCUGCUCCACCUGCCAAACAGUCAAGCCAAGAACAAAAGACAAGGACUGCGCUAUUUCCAAGUGCCUUAAAAACAAGCAGUGACACUGGAAAGUCUUCAUUCCCAAAAACAUCAACCUCAGAGGAAGAAUUCAACAGGCUCCGCGCAGAUUCAUUCAGCCACAAGACAUCUAGUUUAAAAACUGACCAUGGCUCUGCCAGGACAUCCUCAAGUCUAAAGACACGAGGGGCCAAAACAGACUCCUCUAGGUUCUACGGGAGUCUGAUGUCUCUGGAGAGAUGUGACAGCCAAACUUCUGUCGGGUCCAAGCCUGUCCUGUCCCAGGAGAACAGCGGUGCUAGCUUGGGAGGUAACAACAGAUCCAACAGGUCAGUGCCAAAACUUGGAGUUCCAGCCUCCACCUCAACACCUGCUUCUUCCUCCCAAGUUUCUCCUGGUGUCUUUGCAACUACAUCCAAACUGCUGCAGGUAAAAGGCGGCAGCAGCUCACGAGCUGCAGUUUCUGGUGGGUCAAAGGUUCGAACGCUGUCUACCAGCAGUUCCAAGAGCCUGAGCUCCUCUCUAAAACCUCCUGAUAAUGCAGCUGGACGCAACACUGGCCUACUUACAACUGGUAAAUCCCCUGCUCGCCCCGCCACAGGAGUCAAGUCAGGAAGAGGCACUAUCAUGGGAACGAAGCAGGCCAUCAGCCGGGCAGCGAACAGCCGGGUUAGCGAGCUAGCUGCUGGAAGUCAAAGGAAGCAGCUCAGCAGGGGGCUGUCAGGAAAUGACAGUACUGACAGCGGGACCAGUGGUGUCAGCAGGUCGCUAAUCAACACACCGAUACCAUCCCCUUACAGCAAGAUUACCGCCCCCCGCAGGCCGCAGCGCUACAGCAGCGGGCACGGCAGCGACAACAGUAGUAUCCUCAGCGGGGAGCUGCCCCCUGCCAUGGGCCGCACCGCCCUGUUUUACCACAGCGGGGGAAGCAGUGGCUAUGAAAGCAUGAUCCGAGACAGCGAGACUACCGGCAGCACCUCGUCAGCACACGACUCCAUGAGCGAGAGCGGAGUGUCGUCGUCCAAUAGGAGCAGAGUUUCCAAAUCGCCCAAGAAGAGAGGAAACGGUUUCCUGCGGCGGCGUCUGAUCCCGGCUCCGCUGCCGGACACCUCCUCUCUGGGCAGGAAGGUGGGGGGUCAGUGGGUGGACGUGCCCCCGCUGGGCGGCACCUUGAAGGAGCCCUUCGAGAUAAAGGUGUACGAGAUCGACGACGUGGAGCGCCUGCAGAGGAGGAGGGAGGUGGUGACGGGGUCAGAGGUGAGACCGGCUCCGUCUGCUCAGCUUCCUGUUCAGGAGGUUAAAUACCUGCAGUCCUUCCAUGAUGUUGAAAAGGGUCUGCUCUACUUUAACGCCCGGCUGAGGAUGCUGGAGAAGCGGCAGCAGCAGAUCAGAGAGCUGAAGAGCAAACACGACCGGCUGAAGGUGGAGCUGGAGGAGGCCAAGAGCCGGCUGAUGCUCGACCCCAGCAAGUGGAGCGGAGAGUUCGACGUGGACCAGGACCUGGACCGGGAGUCCCAGGAGUACCUGGAGGCUCUGGCUCAGGCCACGGCGGAGCUGGAGUACUGCGUCAACCUCUGCAAGUCCCGCGUCAUGAUGGAGACCUGCUUCGACAUCGCCGCGACGACGGCCGCCGCCGCGCAGGGAGGACAGCAGGAAGUGGAGGUCUGAUGACGGACCGAGAGACAGAUUUCAUGUUCGCAGCUUCACACAGUCGCGCCGAGAAAAACCUCCGAAAACUCACAGAAACCGGAGAGAAAACACCGAAGAUAAAGAACAAAGUAAAGUUCUGGUUCCUGAGUGGACUGACGACAGAGUUUCAGAUAAAAAAAAAAGAUUUAUUUCCCAAACAGUCGGAUGUUUGUUCAGUCUGCAGACAAGAAGAACAAUCAGUGAAGACCAUUUCAAAAAGGAUGAAAGCUCUGGAAGUGCCUUUAUAUUUAUUAUCUCAGUUAAAACAUUUAUUUAGUGUAUUUAAUCUUAAUUUAUUGUGUUUUUAUAUUUAUCAGGUUUGUUUUUGAUGGGUGCUAGUCUGACCUGAGCAAACCUUUAAUAUAUUUGUUAUGCAAAAACAGAAAGAAGGUUUCUGAUGUGAUUUAGAACAUAAACUGUAUCUGAUUAAUAAAUAAAAGGUCUCUUUAAGUUUCAGGAAGAAAAAGAAGAGAAGAGCAAUAAUUCAGUUAUUAUUGCAAACCUCCGUCUUUGCCUUCAUCACGACACCGACUCAGUUUGUCUGUCAGGUUAACAUGUGACUCACCAGAGCAGAAGAUAUAGAAGAGAGACGCUCCAACGUACGUCAGAGUAAAAGAGUAACUAAACCCAACACUUUAAAGUCAUUUAUAUUAACGUUAUGGAGCUUUUUAGCCUGUUUUAGCUGCUAGUUUUGGUUUUUACGACAUAUUUACUGUCUGGUUUAUUCUCUGUAGCCGAGUUUAGAUCCAGAUUUAACACAAAUUAUGACAGAAAAUUCAAAUGAACGUUUGUUUCCGUCCACUUGUGAGUGAGUAUCAGGAGGUGAGCAGCUAGUGGUGCUAAUUCUCCAGUCGGUGCCGUUCAUAAAAAUGAAAACUCUCCCACAGCUAGAGGAGUUUAUUUGUUUUUUAUUUGUUAUUUUUCAUUAACGAUAACUUUCCAGUCUCAAGUUUUCAUCAGUUUUCAUCAAAAUGCAUUUUAAUGAAGGAGGAACGAGCUGGAUUCAUUUAUUUAUUUAUUUUAAAGUUACUACGAGGAACUUUCACUUUGUGUUGACUUUGGCGCCCCCCGGUGGACAGACGCAGUAGUGUUUCCCCAGAAUGAAGACUGCGUUUCCCAUGAGCACCACCGCCUCAUGUCGUAAAGAUAUUCGCUAGCGUGUGUAUUUGUUAUGUAAGCGAGUGAAAUAAAGACGCUACUUAGUUUAAUUUUUUUGUUUUUUAAACAGCUGUUUGCAGCGAUGAUGUCAUCCGUCAUCGUCAACAUGACGACGGUACAGCGACGUUACAUUUAAGGCUGCAGCUUCCUGCAGGGUUGAGCCGCUCGCUCUCUUCAUUCAUCCUCUAGCUCGCUUGACCACUGCUGCUCUCUCUCUCUCUCUCUCUCUGGUCGAGAGAAGCCGACAACAAGUCUAACUUUACUUUUAACGUCAUCAAACGAAGAGAAACGUCGUCCCCUCGUCACAGUAACGACUUCGUCCUCCCUCGUGCUACGUGUGAUGUAAACUUGCGCUCUUCGGUCUGCGUGGCGUGAAUCGUCUCGUCUGAUUUGGCGGGAAUCCGACCCGGCGGCAGCGUUUAGAAUAACUGUACAGAAACGCUUGUAGGUCAUAUCGAGGCAUCAUGAUAAAAGUUCUUUGUAGUAACUUUAAAAUAAAAUAAAAAAUGUUUCCUUUAUGUUCAGAAAGUUGCUCUUCAUCGCUCCUCCUCCUCCUCCUCUUCUUCUUCGUCUCCAUGGAAACAUUCUCAGGCUGUUUUCAAGUUGCUGCAUGAAAAGUUUUCUUCUCUUUUUUAAAAAUGUGACUUUCUGCAUUAAGUUUUUAAAAAGUUUGUGUGUGUUCAGAAGAGAAACUGCGGAUGUGAGACCUUUAAUAAUAUAUUUAAACUUUUUUAUUUGGUUUUUUGUACUGUACAGUUUUAUAAUUAUUUGUAAAGAAACGUGGAAACGAGUGGAAAUGUACAGGAUGGACCGUAUCGUACAUGUUAAUAAAAGAUAAGAGUCUUCUUGGUUAAAUUA